UGGGAAUUCAUGCCUACACACUCAGAGAACCAUCCAUCUAUGCUGCGGUGAACCACAUCCUCAACUCGGAAGAGAGGAUCGACACAGAAUCUGAGGAAGUCAAAGCGGCCUUGAGAUUCACCAAGUUCAUCGAUGAGGCCUUGGAACAACUUCCCUCUUACGAACCACUUGAUGGCCAGCCCUAUGUCUACCGAGGCAUUAAGCAUUCUUUUGAGGACUUCCACAGCCGCUUUGCUGUUGGAACAGCCUUCCCAUGGUACACCCUCAAAUCGGCAGCUACGGAUCCCAGGGUCAUGGACAAGUUCUGUGGGAGGAAGGGCCCUCGAACCGUGUUUGAAAUCACCGUCAGGCCAGGUGAUUCAGAUCUGAAAGACAUCUCAUGGCUUUCGGCAUAUCCGGAAGAAAAGGAAGUCUUGGCACCACCGUUGACCAUGUUCGAAGUCCAAGGCUCCAUCCCGCGAGAUCCGGAGAACCACCAGGGUCCACCUUUGGAGACUGCCGACCUGGUGAAGUUGGUGGAAAUUGACCUGUUUCUGAAGCAAUGGCAAAAGUGCAUAAGAGAUGCUGAGGCCCAGCUCUCAUUGAACAUGAGUUGCGGAAGUGGCAUUGUAGGAGCUGAGGAGUGUGACCAGGAGGAGUGCUUGCAGCAAGAAGAAGCAGUGGCUUGGAAAGACUGGAGCCAUUUGGGUGGCAGAGUGGAUCGGAUGAGGGGAGCUUACGAAGGCAUGCUAUGGCAUGUCAUGGAAGGUUUACCGAAAGAAUCCACGGGCUUGGGUUAUCAUGGGUGAUUUGGGUGGUGGCUGCACCGAUGGCAGAUGGCACUCCGCUGCAAUGUGCUACAGCGAGUGCUUGAAUCUGAAUCCUAUCAUUCCGGAGGCUUGGUGCAAGUUUGGCGAAUCGGGCGGAGGCAAAGUGGGGGACGAAGACUUCCAGCCGAAAGAGUGCUUCAUCAAGUCCUUGUCGCUGGAUUCGAAGAAUGCAGUGGCUUGGAAGAGGUUGGGCGACUUGGGAGGGGGCAGAUUGCAGAAGUGGUGGAGCGAAACUGACUAUAGCAAGCAAAAUUGCUACGAGAGAUGCCUGGAGGAGAAUGAGAAGUGCGCUGAAGUCUGGAUAGAAUUGGGCAAAUUGAAGGGUGGCAAGGUCAAUGACAAAGACUGGAGCCAGCAAGAAUGCUAUGAACACUCUGUCGAGCUUGAGGAAGGCAAUGGCGAUGCUUGGCACGUGUUGGGCACUGUGGGAGGCGGCUUGGUGGGAGGCGAGUCUUACACUGCGGAGCAGUGUUUUGCCAAAUCCUUGGUGUUGUCCCCGGAGUUGAAUCCACAGAAUGCAGACGGUUGGCUCAAUGUGGGCAUCAAGGGCGGUGGGCGGGUGGGAGCGAAAGACUACAGAUCAAAGGACUGCUAUGUGAAGUGCUUGGAGAUGAAUGACAAAAAUGCAGAGGCUUGGCACCUAUUGGGCAAGUUGGGCGGUGGCACAGUGGGUGCUGAGCUGUAUGAAAAGAAGCAAUGCUAUGGCAAAUCAUUAAGCCUUGACCGAGACAAUCCAGAGGCUUGGAUGGAAUUGGGCGACGUGGGAGGUGGCCGGGUUGGCGACGUUAUUGAUUACUCCAAGGCAGAGUGCUACUGCGAGUGCCUGAAGCGAGAUCCAAAAAAUGGCGACGCUUGGUGCAAGCUGGGCGUGUUGGGUGGUGGCACGGUGGGUGAGGAUGACUGUUCAGAUAAGGAAUGCUUCAUGAGGUCCUUGUCGCUGGAUUCGAAGAAUGCAAUGGCUUGGAAGAAGUUGGGCGAUUGUGGUGGAGGCAGGGUGGGCUACCACUUUGAUGAUAAUGUGGACGCCUUCAAGGACUACAGCAGGCGGGAGUGUUAUGAGAGAUGCCUGGAAGAAGAUGAGAAGUGUGCAGAGGCCUGGAAAGAAUUGGGCAACUUGGGUGGUGGCAGGGUGAAUGACAAAGACUGCAGCCAGAAAGAAUGCUACGAGUAUUGUGAGAAGUUGGGUGGUGAAUCCUCAUUGGAUCCUGCUCUCUUUUUUGUGCAGCUCUGGACUGUUUUUGCAUCAAUAAAUUUGGAGCUCAUCCCGAACAAUGACGCCGCCCAUUUUACAGCUUUCCUUUGCCUCUUGGCUCUUUGGUGGUUUCCAGAAGUUGUCUGCACAUUCUAUGCUGUCUCAUUCUCUUUGGGCGUGCUGAUUUUUAUCCCGAAUUUUGGGAGCACCCCUGAAGCUUCGACCGUUGCAAUGCUUGUUUGUGCCUUUUGCUCCAAAGUCUUAUGGGAAAGACCACGGGUCCCUGUGCAGACAGCCGCAUCUUCAGACGUUCAUUCCUUGAACCAGGAUGGAAACAGGCAGACUAAAGGAGUCACUACCAGACAGUGCUUGGCCUCCAAACAGCCUCGCAGAGUGCGAAGUGUGGCACCCUUCCUCGGCAUUGCCUGGGCAGCUGGGAAGCUCACGCAGCUCCCUGCGUCUUCGGCCGCAAAGCGCGGUGCAGGUGGUGCUGGGUGUCGCGGAGCUCGGCUGCCACCUCCGAUGAGUACUUUCAAAGCGCCAGCAGGUGGCAUCACCAAUGGCAUCACCAAUGGCAUCACCAGGAUGGCAGGUUUGCCAGGUUUGACCUCUAACCUGGCACAGAUGGCACGGAGCCGCUAGAUGCCGUCAAGUGCCGCACGUGUGGCAGAUUGACAUGCCGCAGGAUAUCGCAGGAUGAAGGAUGAUGAAGAUUGAGUGUGAGACAACUCUCAGUGGACGGCUGUGCCGAGAGAACUGAGGGUGUUGCCUUCAGCAUUGAGCCAAGAUUUUGAAAUGUGCACGGACCAUCUACAAACAUCAAACAACUGCAUGGAUUGAGUCG